UUUUGAAAGUCUCCGUUGUUCUGCUAAAAUGAGAUUAUCUGAACUUGUAUUUCUUAUUGCUAUUUGUGGUAGUUAUACUGGACAGUCUGCAACUUACAGGAGUUGUGGACCUCCUCCAAAAUUUGAAGUCGCACGAGCACCUGUAUCCGACAUUGAGGUUCAUGCUCAUGGGACUGAAAUAAAUUACAACUGCAUGAUAGGAUAUGUAGGUCGCCUUAGACAAAAGUGUGUGGAUGGGGUGUGGAGAAAUGCAAACACACAAUUGUAUUGCAAAUUAAAGCCAUGUGGAAGUCCUGGAGAUAUUCUACAUGGAACAUUUCAGCUGGUAGAAGGUGAUGACCUGGUUUUUGGUGCACGCAUUAAAUACACAUGCGAUGAAGGAUAUAGGAUGGUGGGUACAAAGAAUUACCGUAUUUGUGAAGUUGAUGGAUGGAGUGGUCAGGUUCCAUAUUGCGAAGUUGUGACCUGUUCCCCAGCGGAAGAACCAGAAAAUGGAAAGAUCAUUAGAUCAGGGCGAUUUGACCUUGAACAAAAUUUUCCUUUUGGCUCUGUCCUGCAAUUCGAGUGUAAUUCACCAGAACUGGACAUUGAAGGUGUCAAAGAAAUUUAUUGUUUAGGGAAUGGAACAUGGAGUCAUCCAGUUCCUAAAUGCAAAGAAUUUAGAUGUACGGAACCAGUUAUAGAGAAUGGGAAUGUGAUUAGCAACGAACGGAUUUACAAAUAUUCUCAAAAACUAAAAUAUCAAUGCAAUCGCAAUUAUAGACCUGAAAACAUUCAAGAAACUACAUGCAGUAAAUAUGGAUGGAAUCCACUACCAACUUGCACACCAAUAGUAUGUACGAUCAUGCCAAUAGACCACGGUAAUUUCCAAACAGCUAAGUGGAUGUUUUCCCAUGGUGAAAAAGUAGACUAUACCUGUGAUAGAGGCUACAAACCUUCUGACUCAAAAUCAGUAAUAUGUGAAGCAUCUGGAUGGAAUCCAAAUCCAAGAUGUGUAGCAAUUAGAUGUCCGUUACCAAACAUCGACGCAGUUUUCGAACCAUCCUAUGCUUGGUCAUUCGGUCUUUCGAGAAGAAUAACUUACAUUUGCAGAAAUUCCAACCGCCGAGAACAAUCUACGUGUACUCUAAAUGGCUGGGACCCACAUGUAAAAUGUCCAGGGCCAUGCUCACUACCACCAAAACUUGACCAUGGUUAUUUUGUACAUUCACGGUAUUCAUACGCAAGUGCUUUUAUAGGAAAUUAUAGAUGCAAUCAUCGGUAUAUGUUACAAGAGAAUGGUAACAUCAAAUGUGAAGAUGGUGAAUGGCACAUCAUAAACUCUAUUCCAAUCUGCAUUGAACUGGGAUGUGGAAAACCACCUGCAUUAAUAAAUGGGAAAUUUACUCCUGAUAAAGAAAAGUAUUAUGAAGGGACCCAGAUAAACUAUAGAUGUAAUCGUGGCUUUCAUAUUUAUGGGCCAAAGACUCUGACUUGCUCUUCCAAAGGGUGGGCAGAGGCACCUAUUUGCAUUGACAGGAAGUUAAAUUGUCCAAGUUCACCAGAUGUUGCCAACGCAAAUAAAAUUAUUGAGUCCACCCACAGCGUUAUUUAUCAAUGUCUCCUUGGAUACGAGAUGGAAGGAUCAGAAAGGAUACAGUGCAUCAAUGGGCAAUGGUCGGAAGUACCAACAUGCAAUAUUCCUGGUGGCUGUGAAGAUCCACCUAGCAUAAAGAAUGGUGACCAAGAGGGUCUUUCUAAACAAUGGUAUCAGCAUGGUGACAUUGUCACAUAUAGGUGUCAGAAUUCAUUUAUUUUGGAUGGACCAAAUAAAGUUAAAUGCUCAAGUGGGAAGUGGUCAGCUGCUCCACGCUGUAUUCCGCCAUGUAGCAUAUCAGUGCAGGACCUUGAAGAUAAUGAUGUCCAAUUAGAUUGGUCAUUGACGGAAACAGUAUAUCUGAAACAUGGAGACCGUGUAAAAUUUAAAUGCCCCAGUGGUUUGCAUAUUCAAACUCCUGCAGAACGAUUUUGCAGAAAUGGAAGCUUAGAAAUUCCCAAAUGCCUCAGUGAGGAAAACACGUUCUGUUCAACAUUGCAAUAUCUCGAAUGCCCAGGAUGUGCAACAACUGAAAUUUGUGUAGAAUAUAAUAUUCAAAAAGUAACAAGUUCACGAUCAGAUCCCAGCAGGCUGAGCUUAGUAGCUCUGAAUGGAAUUGGAAAUGCUUCAUUUAAAGUGCAGAAAAUUCAAAAAACAGGGAAGAACAUUUUGAAGUUUGCCAUCACGGAAUCAACUGAUGCUAUUGUGAAUGUAAAAUAUAGCAAUGAGCAAAGCAGUAUACAAUAUAAUAAUCCUGUGAUUGGAGAUUAUUGUUUAACAUUUCCCACAGAUAAUUUUAUCACUUUUAAUGUCACAUUCAGCAGGACUUUCAGCAUUACAUUUAAGAAGAUCACAUAAAAUUUGGAAAACUGGAAAGGCGCAAGAUGUGGCAGUACAAGUUUUGAGAAAUAGCAACUAACUGCUUUCAAAGAAUGAAAGAUUCAAUUACUGAAUGAGUGACAUUUAAAGGAUAGCAAUUCUGUAAUAUUACUUCCUUUGUUCCAGAGCUAAUUUAAACAUUUAAUCCAAUUAAACAAAAACAUUUCAAAUAUUUUUUAAAAAUAAACAAAUAAUUUGGAUAUCUUGAGUAACCUUUA